ACAGCUUCGACAGCGUCGAUAAUGUAAGCCGCCUAUUUCCUUCCCAACCCAGGUUUCGGAAUAUUCCCAAAUAUUACCCUUUUUUAAUAGACCCCCCACUCCCAGAGUUCGACACGGGGUACACAAUCCACGCCGCCCCGCCGGAGACGAGGCAACCACCGGCAGGAACCGACCACAACACGUUCGGCUACGACUAUCACCGCCACUCAGUCGCGCACAUGACUGGGCUAUCGGACCCGCGCCAACCCAUCGACCCCUACGUGCUUCGCGGGCGGCACUACAGCGACGGUGACUCCGGCGGCGCCACGCAGAGCUUCCACACAGCAGACGACGAGGGGCUCUUCGACGACAGCCUGACCUCGUCCCCAGCAGCGAGCAAGCAAACGUCAGCAAGCCCAUCCGCGCUGCGAUCGCCGGGAGGGUCCUGGGACUGGGGCGGCGACACAGCGGGUAAUACCCUAACAGGGGCAACGACGACAACGACAGCAGGGCGCGGGGGCCAACCACCACCGAAAAACCGACGGAACCGCGAGCGCAACCGCGUGGCGGCGCAUAAGUGUCGGCAGAAGGCUAAGCAAAGCAUGACGGACCUGCAGGCGCGGGAGCGCGAGCUCAGCCAGCAGAACCGGCUGCUGCAGGAACAUGCGGGGAGUCUGCGUGAUGAGAUCCUGGAUUUGAAGAAUGAGAUCUUGAGACAUAGCGAGUGUAAUAGCGAUAUUAUACAGAAUUAUAUCGCGCGUGCGGCUAGGGAUGUUAAUUAGGGGACAUGUUUGUUUGGGGAGGGG